AUGGGGCUUGGUCUUACUCCUCUCACUCCUACAUCGACCCCAUCACCAAAAACUCUUACAUCGACCCCUUCCCCAUCACCAAAAGACUCCUACAUUAACCCCUUCCCCCAUCACAAAAGACUCACCAUCGACCCCAUCACCAAAAGACUCCUACAUCGACCCUUCCCCAUCACCAAAAACUCUACAGUGACCCCUUCCUCCAUCACCAAAAGACUACUACCCCAUCACCAAAGACUCCUACAUCGACCCCUUCCCCAUCACCAAAAGACUCUACAUCGACCCCUUCCCCAUCACAAAAGACUCUACAUCGACCCUUCCCAUCACCAAAGGACUCCUACAUCGACCCCUUCCCCAUCACCAAAAGACUCCUACAUCGACCCUUCCCCCAUCACCAAAGACUCUACAUCGACCCUUCCUCCAUCACCAAAAGACUCCUACAUCGACCCUUCCCCAUCACCAAAGACUCCUACAUCGACCCUUCCCCCAUCCAAAAGACUCCUACAUCGACCCUUCCUCAUCACCAAAAGACUCCUACAUCGACCCCUUCCCCAUCACCAAAGACUCCUACAUCGACCCCUUCCCCAUCAGACUCUCAUCGACCCCUUCCCCAUCCCCAAAGACUCCUACAUCGACCCCUUCCCCAUCACCAAAAGACUCCCAUCACCCCAUCACCAAAGACUCACCGACCCCUUCCCCAUCACCAAAGACUCUCAUCGACCUUCCCCAUCACCAAAGACUCACAUCGACCCUUCCCCCAUCACAAAGACUCUACAUCGACCCCUUCCCCAUCACCAAAAGACUCCUACAUCGACCCUUCCCCCAUCCAAAGACUCCUACAUCGACCCUUCCCCAUCACAAAAGCUCCUACAUCGACCCUUCCCCCAUCACCAAAAGACUCCUACAUCGACCCCUUCCCCCAUCACCAAAAGACUCCUACAUCGACCCUUCCUCCAUCACCAACCAUAUCACCAAAAGACUCCUACAUCAUUCCUCCAUCACCAAAGACUCCUACAUCGACCCUUCCCCAUCACCAAAGACUCCUACAUCGACCCUUUCCCCAUCACCAAAAGACUCCUACAUGACCCUUCCUCCAUCCCCAAAAGACUCCUACAUCGACCCCUUCCUCCAUCACCAAAAGCUCCUACAUUGACCCCUUCCCCAUCACCAAAAAGACUCUACAUCGACCCUUCCCCAUACCAAAAGCUCUCACAUCGACCCUUCCCCAUCACCAAAGACUCUACAUUAACCCCUUCCCCCAUCACCAAAGACUCCUACAUCGACCCUUCCCCAUCACCAAAAGACUCCUACAUCGACCCUUCCCCAUCAAAGACUCCUACAUCCCUUCCCCAUCACCCAAAAGACUCCUACAUCGACCCCUUCCCCAUCACCAAAAGACUCCUACAUCGACCCUUCCUCCAUCACCAAAAGACUCCCUACAUCGACCCUUCCUCCAUCACCAAAAGACUCCUACAUCGACCCCUUCCCCAUCACCAAAGACUCCUACAUUAA